UGAAUUCCAGUACAUGGCAUCAACGUCAAAAGACUCCUUUGGCAUAGCGACGUAUGCCAUAAGUCGGCAUAGAAAAAAUAAAGUGUUCAUUUGGCAGAGCAGGAAAGAACAUGGAAGGGUGUAUGAGUUCUUGGUAUCUUCACGAUUCAAGGUUCCAGGACUAGUAUCUUGGAAGUGCAUGCAUUGUAUGCAAAUACGAGCAAAAUUGAAAAAACAGAACAAGGAUGUGCACAAUCUAAAGAUACCACUGGUUCUUAUCGACAACGAUGUAAUCAAGGAAGACCCUGAUGAGCCUUUAAAUGCACGGCAUUUUUGCAAGGGGAAAGAUUUGGUGGAUGCAGUGCUCAAAAGAACGAAGUUAGAGUUUUACGAAAAGUGUUCAACAAACAACGACUUGCCCGAGGUACCUGCAGAGCGAUUCUCUGAGACAGUACUUGAGGCAGUACCUCUGGAUCUUGAUGCGUACCAGAAGCGACAAAUGAAGCAGUCACUAGAUGACAAGUGUGCGAAAGUUAUGAAGAAAGUUAUAAGAAAACGAAAGAGGACAGCUUCAGUGGACAAUCACGAUAGUUCCGCACCAGAAGAAGAGAGUAGAGUGGAUUUACCUAUGGAUAAUAGCUAUCAGAUUGAAGACGUCACAAUAAGGCCUCCUGACGUGUUGGUUGACGCUUCCUUAUCGGGUAUAGAUGACAAUGAUUACAUCGACGUUGUUGGGGAUACACAAGAUGUCAUUUAGAUAUGCAAUAAAUUUAUGGA